AUGGGUCAUCAUCACGUCCAAGUAUCUCGCAAAACGCGGUUGAGAGCUGUCAUAGCCAUAUCGUUCUGUUUCUUCGUCGCUGAAAUCUCUGUCGGCUUUUACACCCACUCGCUGGCCCUUGUGAGCGACGCAUUCCACUACCUCAACGAUCUAAUUGGCUUCAUCGUUGCCCUGGUGGCAGUCCAAGUAACGGAGCGCAAAGAUGCACCACAGGACCUUACCUUCGGAUGGACACGAGCACAAUUACUCGGUGCCUUCUUUAAUGGCGCCUUCCUUCUUGCUCUGGGUUUGAGUAUUGCAUUGCAGUCCAUCGAACGCUUCAUCUUCCUCCAGCACGUCGAGGAUCCGAAGCUGGUGCUCAUCGUAGGAUGCAUUGGUCUCACACUUAACCUCAUCAGCGCUGCCUUUCUCCACGAGCAUGAUCACGGCGAUGGACAUGGGCAUAGUCAUGCACACAGCCAUGGUCAACCCGCUCACAAUCAUGAUGACGUUGAGAGUCUUUCGACAGUCUCCAUGCAAGACCACCACCUCGAGCAUCUACAUCUUUCCCUUGCUCCUUCUAAGCACGGCAUGGACCUUGGUAUCCUAGGUGUCCUUAUCCACAUCCUCGGCGAUGCCAUAAACAACAUCGGAGUCAUAAUCUCCGCCCUCAUAAUCUGGUUCACCCACUCGCCCUCACGCUUCUACGCCGAUCCAGCUGUGUCAAUGUGGAUAGCGAUCAUGAUCCUCAUCUCCGCGAUCCCACUCACGAAACGCUCCGGCAAGAUCCUUCUCCAGUCAGCACCCCUCGGCGUCAAGAUCGAGGACGUCAAGCACGAUCUAGAAAGCAUACCGGGCGUACUGAGUGUGCACGAACUACACGUGUGGCGCCUCGACCAAAGGAAGGCGAUCGCGAGUGCCCAUGUCGUAGUCAGUAAUCCGGACGUGGAGAGCUUUAUGGGGAAGGCAAAGGUCAUCAGUGAGUGCCUGCACGCCUAUGGAAUUCACUCGGUGACGUUGCAGCCUGAGCUUUCGGUGCAGAGGGUGUCAGAUGAUGAGGCCACAGAGGUGGGCUCUGCAAUGACCACUGCAAGACUGAGCUCGGAGAAGUGCGGUGUGCCAUGUGGGAGUGUGUGCGAGGAAUUGAAAUGCUGCAAGUAA